CGGUGCCGCCCCUCCCCUGCCGGUCCCUCCCCUGCAGUGCGUGCAGGGAGCGGGGCUCGCUCCGCUGGCUCCGAGGCAGGCGGCGAGACCCCGCCUCCCCCUGUGCCCCCCCCGAUCCUCCCCUCCCUCGCCUUUUUCUCCCCACUCUGGACUUUUUCGGGCCCCCCCCACCCCGCCAUGAGGCGGCCGCCUCGCCGGCUGACGCUGUCCGUGCUGGGGGUGCUGUGGAUCGCCGCCCUCCUCCUCCUCUUCUUCGGGGCCAGGAGGAAGCCGGGGGCGGCGGGACCCGAGGGGCGCGCGGCGGAGGGCUCAGAGGCGGACUGGGACGACCUGUGGGAUCAGUUUGAAGAGCGGAGAUACCUGAGCGCUCGGAAAUGGAAGGGCGGCGAGGACCCGUACCGGCUCCAUGCCUUUAACCAGCGGGAGAGCGAGAGGAUGCCCAGUGACCGUGCCAUCCGUGACACCCGCCACCACAGGUGUUUGACCCUGCGCUAUCACCAGGAUCUCCCGCCAACCAGCAUCAUCAUCACCUUCCACAAUGAGGCCAGGUCUACCCUGCUGAGGACCAUUAGGAGUGUGCUGAACCGCACCCCAGUGCACCUUGUCCAUGAAAUCAUACUGGUGGAUGACUUCAGCGAUGAUCCUGACGACUGCCGCUUGUUGGCCAAGCUGCCCAAGGUGAAAUGCCUGCGGAACAGACAGCGUGAAGGUCUGAUCCGGUCACGAAUCCAAGGGGCGGAUGUGGCACAAGCAGGAGUCCUGACCUUCCUAGACAGUCACUGUGAGGUGAAUAAGGACUGGCUACUUCCACUUCUGCAGCGCAUUAAAGAGGAUCCAACCCGGGUGGUCAGCCCUGUUAUUGACAUCAUCAACUUGGACACUUUUGCCUAUGUGGCGGCUUCCUCGGACCUCAGAGGUGGUUUUGACUGGAGCCUUCAUUUCAAAUGGGAGCAACUCUCCCCAGAGCAGAAAGCCAAACGACUUGAUCCUACCAAACCCAUUAAGACGCCCAUCAUUGCCGGGGGGCUGUUUGUGAUCAACAAAGCCUGGUUCAACCACCUGGGGAAGUACGACAACGCCAUGGACAUCUGGGGUGGGGAGAACUUUGAAAUCUCUUUCCGUGUGUGGAUGUGUGGAGGUAGCCUGGAAAUCAUCCCCUGCAGCCGUGUUGGACAUGUCUUCCGGAAGAAACAUCCAUAUGUCUUUCCAGAGGGGAACGCCAAUACAUACAUCAAAAACACCAAGCGCACGGCAGAGGUGUGGAUGGAUGAAUUCAAACAGUACUACUAUGCAGCCCGUCCUGCAGCCCAGGGGAGACCCUGUGGAAACAUCCAGAGCAGAGUGGAGCUGCGGAAAAGACUGAAGUGCCAUAGCUUCAAGUGGUACCUGGAGAACGUUUACCCCGAGCUCCGGAUUCCCAAGGAACUACUAUAUCAGACUGGGAUGAUCAGGCAAAGGCAGAGUUGCCUGGAGUCGCACCAGUCUGAAGCCCAAGAGUUGCCCAUCUUGAGCUUAAAUCCUUGCAUCAACAGCAAAGGGACAGCAGCAACAGCACAGGAAUGGACAUACACAUACAACCACCAAGUCCGUCAGCAGCAUCUGUGCUUGUCUGUGUACACCCUUUUCCCUGGUUCCCAGGUGCUCCUGUCACCUUGCAAAGAAGGUGACAACAAGCAGCGAUGGGGUAAAGUUGGGUCACACAUUGAGCACAUAGCUUCACGCUUCUGUUUGGACACUGAGAUGACUGGGGACACGAAUGAGAAUACCAAAGAGCUUGUCAUCAAUCCUUGCGAGAGCACAGCCAUGAGUCAGCGCUGGGACAUGGUGAUGUCUUGACCUGCUUGAGGACUUAACCCAGCUGGGCCGGGCACUGAGACUUGCUACACACAGCUGAGAUGCACCUGAUAGCACUCACAUGCAAAACCAUUGGGGUCCUUGUGUAUUAUGGGACAGGAGAAGAAUCACUCAAAUAAAAAGGAGGACACAGUGCUGCAGGUUGAACAAUGGAUGUUGAUUGCAAAGCAUGUAGCUGCUAUUGAUCUGUUGGCAGUCAUAUGUUCAAAAAGAAGGGAUGGCAAGAAACCAAAAUGAAAUAUUUCAGAGGGACACUCAGGGCUCCUGUGAUGGGCCCUGCAGAAGUUCUGUGUGUACAAUAUUUAUUAAUCUCACUGGAAGCACAGAUAGAAGAACAUAGGACACCAAAAGGAGACUUGGACUCAAAAAAGCAAGCAUGUCAAUAGCUUUGGGGAAUGAGGCAGGUGCAUGAGGAGGGAUGUGCUAAGGGAUGCGAAGAAACAGCACCUGGGAUCAAGUGGAAAAUGCUGAGUUAUCUUGCUCUUUUUAUUGCUGUGGUUGAGUUUGUCUUCUGCAGACAGCAUGGGUAGAGCUGUGUUGCACAUUCAAAUUUGUAUCCAAUCCAUGGACGUGUAUGUACACAGACAGGGCAGUCAUUUAUGGUUAUGGCCAGGAUCUAGCCGUUGGGUAACAGAGUUGACCACCUCUGUGCUGUGUAUGGGGGUGUUGAAUCUCUGAAGUCCAAGCAAACAGAGGAUUCAGUGUGUGAGAUUCAAGGAUACAAACCACGGUGAAGCUGGGAGGAGCAGCAGUAACAUGAUUAUUUCUCGUUUCUGAAGGACAUGGUUGAGCCUCAGUCACUGAAAACUCCCUUACAAUCUCAUUAUGUUUCUCCCACUGCUUCAAACAACCUGGAAUAAGUAAAAUUUUAACUCUUCUUCCAUAAAAAAAAUAAUAUUUUCAGCAAUUAAAGAUAAUUGUGUCAUCUUUGUGUUUCUCGAUUUCCAGACUAUGGAAGAGGGGACUCCCAUGAAGUGCUGCUACCGAAGGAACAGGAGACUGCUCUGAGAAAGGAGAAGGGAUAGGUAAAGGAAUUGCCUGGUUUUGUCUUCCAGGUAUCUUUUAGCCCAAGAUGUGAAGUACUGAAGAAAGGGUUUAGGAAUCCCCCAGUUGCACCUGACAGUAGACACCUCUGUAUCACAAAAUACCUCUCUCCCAGUGUGUCUUUCAAUGUAGGUAGACUUGGCAGAAAUUAUUUCCUUGGGUUUUGGAGAUAAAUUAUUAAUUAGAGGUCACAUCAGGUGCUGUGGCUAUGUGACUGCCAAAGGAGAAAAGGACAGAAGACCUCAGAAGAGGUCUUAAGAUUAGGAGAAACCUGCCCUUCAGAGCAGAUCCCACCAUGGCAGCAGGUAACAGGUGGUGGAACACCAAGAACUGCACAUACAGCUUUUGUGCAGUAACAGCUCUUGAAGAGAACUUUUACUGGACUCCCGACUUGAAAAAAACAAAACAGUUUGUGCCUCUAAAAGCCUUAGGGUUUAAUGAAAAUCCUAUCCUUUGGUCCCUGUGCUAUAAACUUCAGGUAAAAUAUCAUAAGACUUUGAAGCCUUUGAGCCUUCAAGUGCUUUCAGAAUGCCUUCUUGAGUAAAUUGCUGACUUUCAGAAUUUUACUGUUUCAGUUGCUUCUCCCUUUGCACUAGGAGAGAGCUGUAUGUGUAAAUCUCCCUGGUUUUAAAGGCAGAACCAGCAUAACUAUUUACAAAAUGUUGCAGGGUACACUUUCUAUGUGCUGUGGUGAUUACUGCGAUGGAGUAAGUUAUUAUUUCAUGGUGCUAGAUUGCAUUGUGUCCAUGUCACCACUUUGCAAAGGAAAAGGGAAGCACUUAAAAUGAAAUGGAUCCAUUCCACAAGGCAGGGAAGUGACCCUGGGCUCCUAUUUAAUUGAACCACAAACAUCACAUCUAUUUUUCACACUGAUGAUGACAGCCAUGCUGUAACAACUCCCUGGCUAGUGUUAGCAACGGAAAUCACCUCUCAAGAGCUUGCAGAUUAACAUGUUCACACCUGUGCCAUGCCUGCAGCCUAGAUUUGCCAAGCAGCUGGUGCUUUGAUCCUGAACAUUUAGAGACAAAACGCUGCUGCCUUGCACCUGACCCAGCCAUUAGCUGAAAACCUUGGCUUCAGUUUUGAAGUCCAGCACCCCAUGGGUACACUCUGACCCAACCAUUUCAG